GCGGAAAGUGACUCGUCAGUGUUGUUGUGGAUCGCUGACAGGCACGUGAGCGGUGCUACGUAGUCUAUUUAGCAGUCGACAUGGCGGCCACAACUCCUCCCAAGGUGGUGUUUGAACACGAGGGAGUCUUCAUUCACUCAUCGCCAGAUGAAUCUGAGGAUCAGGAUUUAAUAUCAGGGUUCCUCAGAAUUAUUGAUAAGGAUGGUGAAACCCUUGUGGAAUAUAAACCACUGGAGGAUGCAGAUCCCUCAAACAUGCUUUGUGCCUGCAAGGACUCCAGCUCAGUAGUGGAGUGGACUCAGAGUUCAGAAGACAACCCUCACCGUCCUAUUGACCAUCAGCUGAGCUAUGAAACAGAGUGGGACAUGAUCAAUGCCGUCUCAUUUCGGAGAAAAGUCCACGCACAUGGAGAUGGUGGAUCAAACCACACUAAUGACCGGAACAAGUGGGCCUUCUCUUUUAAUGUGUGUGACCUCAGGUCUGUCACAGUCAAAUGUGAGGGCUGGUCAUACAUCAUGUUCCGCUUGAAAGAUGGCACAGCGCUGCCAGCUAUUCAUUUCCACCAGGGAGGGAGCACAGCAUUCCUGGAUAGCCUGAGGAAAUCAGUUCAGAUCAACGAGAGUCCCGAUGAUGAAAGUGUCUUGAUUGUCAGCACCUACAGCAAAACCUUCUCACAGUCCUUUGAGAAUCUUCUGGAUGAUACAAACUAUGGCUUUGUACAGGUUUGUCAUUGUCACGCUGGGAAUUGUAGCAGUAACCACAUAAAAAUGUUUGUUUUUCACACUAUUGUUUCACUUUCCGAACAGAAAUUCAAGAAAGAUCCUUAUACAACAACUCUGGGUGGCUUCUCUAAAGUCACUAACUACCUCUUUGACGCAUUUCGGGCGCCUGAAUUAGAGUGUCAACAGCGGCCUUCUGAGGAGGUGGCGGAUUUGUUAGGAGAACUCAUUCCUGGACUAGAGAUUAACCAGCAGGAAGAGCCUGGAUUUGAAGUCAUCACCAGACUUGAUCUGGGACCGAGGCCAGAGGUGCAAAGAAGGGGGCCUGUGACAAUGGAAGAAUGGGCAAAAUACCAGGAUUCAGAAGGAAGAAUAACCAAUGUACCUCACUUAAAGGAUUUUAUAUUUAAAGGGGGUCUUUGCCACGCAGUGAGAAAGGAAGCCUGGAAAUUUUUGCUCGGCUAUUUUCCAUGGAACAGCACUCAUGAAGAAAGGAAGAACCUGCAAAAGAGAAAAACUGAUGAAUACUUUAGAAUGAAGCUCCAGUGGAAGUCAGUAAGCGAGGAGCAGGAAAGGAGAAACUCAAGGUUAAGAGAUUAUAGGAGCCUUAUUGAAAAAGAUGUCAACCGAACCGACCGAAAUAACAAGUUUUAUGAAGGCCUGGACAACCCUGGCUUGAUAUUACUACAUGACAUCCUGAUGACGUACUGCAUGUAUGACUUUGAUUUAGGGUACGUGCAGGGCAUGAGUGAUCUCCUCUCUCCUAUUCUUUUUGUGAUGGAGAAUGAAGUGGAUGCCUUCUGGUGCUUUGUUUCCUUCAUGGAUGAAAUGCAUGAAAACUUUGAAGAGCAGAUGCAGGGGAUGAAGACUCAACUAAUCCAACUCAGCACUUUGCUUCGCUUGCUAGACUUGGCCUUCUGGAACUAUCUAGAGGCACAGGAUUCUGGGUACUUAUAUUUCUGUUUUCGCUGGUUAUUGAUCCGAUUCAAGAGAGAGCUACAUUUUCAGGAUGUCCUUCGCCUUUGGGAGGUCAUGUGGACCAGACUGCCUUGCCAAAACUUUCACCUUCUGGUGUGCUGUGCCAUUUUAGACUCAGAGAAACAAAAAAUUAUGGACAGAAAAUACGGAUUCAAUGAAAUCUUAAAGCAUAUAAACGAACUAUCCAUGAAAUUGGACAUUGAAGAAAUCCUUAGCAAAUCUGAAGCUAUCUGCAUGCAGAUAAAGAAUUGUAAGGACUUGCCCCAUUCAGUGAGCGAGAUUCUGGGUCUCAGCACAGUCACUGAACCCUCAGCAGCUUUAGAAACCAGUGAAUAUGGAAUUCUCGAGUCACCUCAGACCUCACCAACAUCCACACACAGACGAGAUCACAUCGUCUCAAACGGCCACAGCCACUUAAAGGAAACAACACACAACGGCUGCAAAGUAGCCUUCAUUUCCUAGUGUAUAGCACUACAAGAUGUAUAGUACAGAUUUUAUAGCCCCUGUGUUCCAGCAAGGUGAAAAGUAUUGGGUGUCAUGUAGAUAUUUGCUACCAAAUGCCACAUUGUAAAAUAUCCCAGAGAAAAUAUAUGAAUGUAAAACUAGGAUCCAAAAGGAUCCCUAAAGCAUUAUUUUUGUAAUAUCUUGUACCAUAUUGUCUUUCAUUGAAAUAAUCAUUCCUUCUCACUGUAUUGAGAGAGUUUUCAUAAUGUUUCAGAGGUGGGGUAUCCAUUGUUGAAUAUUAUAUAUUUUUUGUUCUUAUCAGUUUGCCCUUUUCCUAAAUAAUUCAGAUUCAAAUUAAAAUCUGUCUUCCUUCCAUUAGA